AUGAGGUCGGACGUUCGGUGUCUACGGCGUGGCUGUGAAGUAUCGCACGCUGAAUGGAGACGGGACCACGAGGAGGGACACGGGACGCACCCGCACACAGUCAUGCCACAGAGAACUACUCCCCUUCAGGAUGCCACAAAGCAUAUCCUUGAAGGAAGAGACAAGACUGCUAUGUUAGAAGUAAAACAUAUUAAUCCAGUCAAAGGUCGUGGUAUUUUCUCUACCACUGUUUUCAGUCAAGGAGACUUUGUUGUGGAGUAUAGGGGGGUACUUGUUGAUUCAGCUGAACAGAGACGUAAACAGAACCAGAGUGAAUGUUCAGUCUUCUGGUUCGACUUCACAUGGAAGCGGAGGAUUUGGAGUAUUGAUGGCGGAGAGGAAGACGGAUCUUUUGGACGAUUAGUCAAUGACGAGCAUAAGUUGCCCAACUGCCGAAUGAAGUUGAUUGAGGUGAAAGGCAAACCACAUCUUUGCCUUUUUGCCCUGAAGGAGAUCAAAGCAGGAACUGAAAUAAAUUACGACUAUGGUGGGACAUCAUGGCCCUGGCGUGAAGAGAUUCCCCUUACUGUUACAACCAGUGCUGCACAAGGGUCUAGUCAAGACUGUAUCCAAGACAAAAUUCAGCCAUUGGCAGUCCUUAUUGAUGAGACCAGAGAGAGACCAGACGUAUCUGACUGCAAUAGGACAUCAGGCAGUCCUGCUUGUGAGACACAGCUUAGCAGUGUAAGCAACAUUGCCGGACAACACUUUGCAGCGCUUGAUGACCAGGCCAAUGACUUAGAUCCUGCAGACUUAUCAAGAGAUGCUGAACUGAAAGAAGCGUGUCAGUUUAGUGCGACACAAGACUGCUCUGUGUAUCAGUUGUUUCAUCAAGGCGGAUAA